AUGCAGAUAGACACAAAAGAUAGCUACAAUGUAAAUAAUGGCUCAAAAGAACGGAAUGGAGAUGUUGAUGUAAAUGUUGACGAAGAUACUGAAGAUAGAGGACAAUGGGGCUCCAAAUGGGAGUUUAUUCUGUCAUGCAUUAGACUUUCUGUAGGAUUAGGAAAUGUAUGGCGUUUCCCUUACCUGGCCUAUGAAAAUGGAGGAGCUGCCUUCCUGAUUGCUUAUUUAGUCCUACAGUUCCUGAUAGGAAAGCCCAUGUACUUCAUGGAGUUAGUAAUGGGUCAAUUCUAUAGUUUAGGACCAACAGGGGUUUGGAAAAUGAACCCAAGUGCUAAAGGUAUUGGUAUAUCUAUGGCUCUAAUAUCCUUAGUAGUUGCAAUCUACUAUAAUGUGAUCAUGGCCUAUACACUGAUCUACUUCUUCUCCUCCAUGCAGAAAACUCUACCCUGGACUGUUUGUGAAGAUGUAUGGGUUGCUGCAGCAGGACAGAUGUUUUUCUCUCUCAGUGUAUCGUUUGGUGGAAUUAUAAUGUUUGGAAGUUACAACAAAUUCAGCAACAAUGUAUAUGAUGAUGCCUUGUUAAUCGCUGUAAUGGAUCUGGUUACCAGUAUAAUAGCAGGUUUUGUCAUCUUUACAACAUUUGGAGGAUUAGCUAAGAAAACAGGACUUCAAGUCUCAGAAGUUGCCAGGGGAGGUUAUGGAUUAGCCUUUGUAGCCUACCCUGAGGCAUUGUCUAACCUACCUCUACCUCAAUUAUGGUCUGUUUUGUUUUUCUUCAUGUUGUUUACACUUGGACUUGACAGUGAGUUUGCUUUAUUGGAGACAGUUUUGACAUGUAUACAGGAUGAGUUCCCAAAACUUAGAAAAUAUAACAGUCACAUGUGUAUUGGAUUGGGAGUGAUAUGUUUCUUUAUGGCUUUACCAUGUAUAACACCAAGACUUAGAAUAGUAACAACGCCAACAGCUGACUGGGGACUUAAUACCAAGGAAAAAUUAUACAAUGCUGACUCACAGUUAACAGACAUUGGAAAAGCAGCUUACGCUUAUGACAAUCCAGCUUCACAAUUAUAA